UUAAUGUGCUGUUAGGAGAUUAGUUUGAACGAUUUAAGCGUGCAAACCGCCUCUUCUAAUCGGUGUUGGGUUUAGAUGAACCUGCGUGUGGGAAACUAUCUGCAGAGAUCUAUCUCACGGGCAAAGCAGGCGGAUUCUCCCCUUUUCCACCACUGCAGGCUGGAGGCACGCCUUCCACCUGGCACCGGCCCACCCGAGACAAUGUGGCCCCCAUCUCCUGCGCGGCCGCGUAUUCUCCGCUCUGCGCUGGAAGGCUGAGAGGGCGGCAUCUCGCAGCGCCCGCUCCCCGCCGCUCGAAGGAUCCGAGCCUCCGGGGGAGCCCCUCUUCCCGCCUCCCCGGGCCGUGACCGGAGAAGGUGGGGGGGGGAAAAGAGAGGCGGGGGCAGCGCCGUGUCCGUGGGCCGCUCCCACACCCCGCGCCAGCGGCGACGGGGGGGCCGAGCCUCGAGGCUGCGAGAGGCCGCCCCGCCCCCGCCGCGCUUUAAAAGCCUUCCCGGCGCUCAGUUCCGCGGCCGCGGAGAGGCGCGCUGUGAAAAGAUCAAGAAGCAACAGUCAAGAUCAGAAGGGAAAAGAAUACCAAAACGCAGUUUCGCAUAAAAGCCUACGAUCGACAAACAAUUGCAUCACUUGCCUUUGAUAGUCUUUUGCAAUAAAACUGCUUUGUAGUGCAUGACAUCUUCUGUUAAAUCCGCACGAAUAGAGCGCUGAAGGACCGAAGUAAACGGAACCUGUGCAGCUGUGUUCUUCGAGAAGGACAGAAGACCGUUUGAACCAUGGCAAGCCAGGCGUUUUCCCCAGAGGCUGCUUUCCCUCAUGGGAGGCGGAGGGAGAAAUGGGACCCCAGGCUUCUUUCAAGGGCAAGGACUUGAUGGCGAAAAAAAGAGAAUGUCUUCAGGCCUACAGCUGGUGGAGAACACCACAGAAGAAACGGAAGAAAAAGAACAAAAUAAAACCAGGAAGAAUAGAGUUUGUCCCUAGUAGUAGUUCUGCCAGACCAGAUUAUUCAAUAUUUGUUGGGGAGCUUACUCCAGAAGUGGAUGAUUUCCAGCUCUAUGACUAUUUCCUAAAGAGGUACCCCUCUUGUAUUGACUGCAAAAUAGCAACAGACCUGCUGGGAUAUUCCAGACUGAAAGCAGAAUUCCAGCGGUACCAGUCGUACAACUAUAAUGAUUAUUACCAAGAUUAUCAGAACUACUACUCACAGUGGGGUUAUGAUCCUUAUGCUGACUACAACUACAGCUCUUAUGCUCCCUAUGAUAGCAUGCAAACUGUUGGAGAUUGCUCUUUAGGAGAUGCAGUUAUGGCUCCAGCUGUUUUUGAGGAAACUUCAGCUAUGACUGAAAUCAAUGAUGAUCUAAUAACUGAAGAUCCACAGCUUUACUUGGAUGUUGAUGAAAUGAACAGACAAUUUAUGGAGACAAGUGAAGAACUCUACGAUUCCCUCAUGAAUUGUCACUGGCAACCUCUGGAUACGGUCACUUCUGACAUCCCCUCAGCUAUUUAAGUGUCUUAUAUAGCAUGACCGUUAUGACCAAGGUGCUAAAAUUACAUUUCUUCUACAUUACUCUAGAUCAUAAGUUUUAAAGCACAAUGAUAGGUUGGUUUUUUUUUUGCUAUGCUUUUGACAGUUUCUGUAAUUUUUUUUUUUGUUCAUCACUCAACUUGGAGCAUCUUGAAAUCAUGUAAAUAUUCUAGAAAUGUAAAGAGUUCAAUGGGGUCUAAAGAUAGACUUGCCUGUGUAAAUAAAAUUUUGUUUCUGCAAACCUGCCAGCAAGGGAUUUUACUUACAUACAUGAAGCAUAUUCUCUUCUGGCUUGUGGAAUUUAGCUGGAGGCAGUAGGGGUAUUUCACCUGUCCUUGUUUUGGUAUGGGCAUCAAGACACGAGCAAAAGCUAACGCUCCCAUAUUUCCAGGUUACCUAGGCAAUCUUUUACAAGCUCUUAACAUGCUUGCUUAGGUUAUGUGUGUAUUUGAGAGACACUCCCAGGGUUUGCUAUGGGAAGGCUUGGGCCCACUCUUUCUCUUGCAGCCUGCUGGCGCUAAGUGUACUACUGUUCAUCUGCUAGGUCAGUUAGAAUUGCUUUAUCAGUACAGUAUUUUAAAUAGAAGGGCAAACUUCCAGCUGCCAUAGCUGCAAACAUUCCAAAGACUAAGGAUGAUCCCUACUGACAAUUCUAUUCCUGUUCUUUGUAUUGUUAGUCUUCUCAACUGACACUUUACAGCAAAGAAACUGGUGUAAUGUAAUACAUGUUCUUAAACCUGAAAAUAACUUUCUGGUUUAAAAGAAGAAAAAUAACCCAUUUGGAAUAAAAAAAAAAAAUCCAAGUAACAACUCUUCAACCAUGUUGCAGCCUGUCUUAAACAUCUCUAAUUUGUUCAGUGUUCAUGCUCAGGUGUUUUGUAGUGUCAAGGCUAUAAAAUUUUAGUAGGAUGAGUUUUUAGUAGUCAAGGAGGUUAGGGGAGACAGCAAUGAGGAAAGUUCUGCUUUAAGCUAGCAACUUCCGAGUGGCUUCCUCUAAACUGUUUUCAUCUUGAAAGACAGGAACUAUUUUCCAGUCAUAAGGACUACUUAUGCAAAAGUAUUGACUAAUUAAUGUACAUAAUGAUAAAAUAAGAAUACUCUUCCAAGAAAAAAGGUAGCAGAUAUUAUCAUAGCUGAUGGCUGUGGAAGCUACUAAAGCUAGUCAAGACACUUUUGUACUGCCAUGUGUAUUUUGGGGGCAAUCUAAACCAUAAUUGCUGUGAUGGCAGAUGAGAAUAAGCUUCUCUGGCCUUCUUAUGACUUAAUGUAGUGAAAGUGGUGGACAUAACCUAUAUGUGCAGAUGUACAUGUAGGAAGAGACAAAGCAAAAAAACCUCGUCUAGGCAGGGGGAGUAGUAUCACAGUUUUAGCCACUGUUUCCCUGCUUUGGGGAGAGCUAGUUGCAAUGUAUCUGGGAACAGGUUUCAUGGGUGAACGUUUUCCUUGUGUGAACUGGUGAGUCUUUGGAGGGUGAUGGUAGGGAGGUUGUUACAGGAAUGUGGCAGGAAGUGGAAUAAAUGAAGCAAAGAAUCUGGGUGGGAAAGGAGGUGCAUGUGUGAAUGUAUAAAAUUGUUUCAGGGGACUGCGGUAGGGAGGAAACUCAAGAUAGUAGAUGCAGGCCCCUUGAGUUUGGGAAUGUUAAAGCUUCAAAAGCUCCCAGGAUUUGUAUGCCACUUCAGUUGCAGUGCAUAGCUGUGAUGCCUGAGCUUGGCAGUACAAACUGGUCUGUGAAGCAAAGGAUUUCUGUAUCUAAUGAUCGGCAAGACAGCUUCCAGGUCUGUGCCUGAGUUAUAUCCUUCUUUGGAGUGGCUUGCGUAGCAUCACUUAACACUGUGCUUAAGCUGCAGCAAGUAAUUUGUAGAUCCUUUUAUUGUGUUAUCAGUUAAAAAUGUGAUGCUAAGGAUGUGUGUUUGGCUCAGCAGAAAUGUUAGGGAGCAUCUGUGCUGAUUUGUGGCAUUUGGGAGGUUGAUCUACGUGUGAGCUGUGUAACGAGGGGCCCACGUAGCUCUGUGAUUUCACUAAGUCUGACACUGUAUUGCCACAGUACAUAAACCUCUAAAGGCACAGUCUGUAGCCACUCCAUUUAUGCAGAUUUUGCCUGUUAACAAGGUCUCUACAAUUUGCAUUAGAGACUGUUUUCAGACAUGCAUGCGCCUUCUGCGCUGGACUGUAAAGUACCCACAGAGUGAAAAUACUGUUUAUAUAAUUCAGUGAAAGAGGUUGGUUGGGCCAUCAGUUCCCUAAACUUAAGAAAUGUUGGGGGUGUAUGUACCUCCAGCCAACGUACAAGAGAAAUGAGGUGAGGAAGAGAGUCUGUUGGGAGCAGCUCAUGUGAUACUGUUCUGAAAUAGUGCUCUGACCUCUUUUUCUGUCUCCUGAGCCUUACUAGCCUACUCCUCUUUCCAGUUUGGAGUGCAAACAUGGGAUCAAGAUUGUGUGCGCAGUGCACGUUCUUUACUGUAAAGGCACACUGAGUGUGAAACUUCUUCCUGUAUCAGUGUGCUACCCAUGAACCCCAAAUACAGGAAAAAGUGAGUGCAUCAGAACUGUCAGAAGGCAUUGCCUAGACAUUUUACUGAGUAAACUUACAGGUGUUCUAGUUGCCUGUGUUGGCUAGUUUACACAAAGAUCUGAACAUAUUGUAGAGGUGCCUGCCAUCAGUUCUACAAAGAUCUGAUUGCACUGGGAGCAUUUAAAAAAAAAAAGUCUUAGGAGCAACUUUCUCAACACCACGCUAUUUCACUUCUUCCAGUUGUGUUUUGUGUCUGGUUUACCCAGCUAAAAUGUGGUGUUUUUUUUUUUUCUUUUGCCUAAGCUUGAUGAAGGUUUUUUUUUUUCUUUUUUUGCAAGAAUAUCUAGUAUUGUUUUUAUAAACUCUUUAUUGCACCUAGCUGCAAUAGAUAGUGCCUUUACUCAAAACCUGCUAAUUUCUUCGAGUAGUGUUUUUGUUUUCUGUCACUUCUCUGAACAGAAAGGCUUUAGUACGAUGGUUUGAGGGGCUACUACUCCUGCAGUCAGUGAACAGGGAAGAAGGAAACAGGCCAGAAAGGGUAGAGAGUACUUAGAAGGGUACAAAAAGGUUAAAUGGUACUUAAGCCGUGAAUGUUUCUUUUUGCAGGGAUGCUCUUGGACCAACAGCUUCUUUCUAGCGCUACCUCAAAGUAACUUGCAGAUAUAACUCACAGGGAAGAUUGAUCAAAUGGUGAUGAUCCCUAUCAUUCUGCUGGAUAUAUAUAUAUUUGCCUUUUGUUUUGUCUCAUUUUUAAUAACAUUUAUUUAACUUCAGUGACUCAUGUCAAUAGAUAUUGUUUGACUACAUCAACAAGUAUUUCUGAGUCAUGAGUGUCAUUAAAGGCAUGUCACCAUAUGGAAAUUGUUCUAAAUAAGUAAGUAAAUAAAGCAGCACUUGAAUUUACAGAGCAAA